CGGGUGAAGCCCGCGCACUGCACACUGGGAGCUGAAAUAUCGUGCGCAUGGCCUACCCCGUGAAGCACCCGCGACCGAGUGGCGCAGCCUGCAAGUAGAACAGCCGCUGGUGGAAGCGAACGGGACGGGCCUGCGUCCCGAGCGGCAGCCGAGGAAGGGCCUACCGCUGCCGGGUGCUCACUUAAACUCGCCGCUCUCGGCCUGCAGGGGAUGGUGCCCACGUGAGUUUGCGGCACGGCAAAUCAGAGGGAGGUCGCAAAUUGUCGCCAAAAGCAACGCGGUGGUCGGGUCCCGGUUUGAAAGUCUGAGGGGGAGAUAAUCGGAAUUAAACCGAAUCGAACGGAUUCGACACUCCCAACAGCGGCAAAUAUUGGAUUGAAAUGUCUUUCCGUGGGGGCAGAGGCGGUGGAAGAGGUGGAGGCUUUGGUGGAGGAAGAGGACGUGGCGGUGGCGGUGGAUACCGCGGUGGUGGGCGAGGAAACUUCAAUAGAACAUUUGAUCAGGGGCCCCCUGAGAGAGUAGUAGAACUGGGACAUUUCAUGCAUCCAUGUGAAGAUGACAUUAUUUGCAAGUGCACCUCAGAAGAAAAUAAAGUGCCUUAUUUCAAUGCGCCAGUGUACUUGGAAAACAAAGAACAAAUCGGGAAAGUUGAUGAAAUAUUCGGACAGCUUAGGAAUUUUUAUUUUUCUGUUAAGUUAUCAGAGAACAUGAGUGCCAGUUCCUUUAAGCGACCACAGAAGUUUUACAUUGAUCCAGCAAAACUACUCCCGCUGCAGCGAUUUUUGCCACGACCACCUGGUGCAAGAGGUCAGAUGAGGGGAGCGCGUGGUGGAGGUCGAGGUGGACGUGGCUUCCGAGGUGGGGGCGGCGGUGGCGGCAGCAGAGGUGGCGGCAGAGGUGGUUCUUUCAGAGGAGGCAGAGGUGGAGGUUUCAGAGGAGGCAGAGGUGGUGGAGGUGGAGGAGGACGUGGCUUCAGAGGUCGUGGAGGAAGGUGAAGGUGGAUAUUUAAGAUUUUGGCAGCAAGCACACCUCAACUUCCACACAGAUUCUUUGUUCUUUGUGCAAGUCAUGCAUUUGCAUUUAUGGAUUGUACCAAACUGAAGUAUAUUUUAAGACCAGCAUCAGUUUUUGUAUUUGCAUAGUACUGUUUUGAUGUAUUUGAUGGUCCUUUGUAUGUAAUUUCUAUUCUAGUUCAACAAGUUUUGAGCCUGUUUGUGUGUUUAAAAACAAAAGUACAAAUGUAGUCAAUGGUUUGAAUUAAAUUUUAUAAUGUUCUACAGAUAUAAAAGUACUUGAUUUACAAAGUAUUAUGAUAUUGGUUCAGCAAAAUUUGUUUUAAAAUAAAUGUUACUA